AUGUCUGAUUAUAUUAAUAGCAGUAGUACUCGAGAACGUACUCAUGCAGCAAAAGAAGCAGAUCGACAAGCUGCCGAAUCAUCGAAAUAUGUACCAAAAGUUACAAUUGAAAACCCGAAUCGAAGUGUACCAGCAGAAAUAAAAAAUAGAGACCACAGUAUCAACAAUACUGAUCGUUCAGUUAAAGUUCCUAUAUUUUAUUCAACAAUAUCUGUAGCAUCUGCAUUUAUUACUGUAACAGUAAUUUUUUGUGUAUGUAUUUUUGUGCCACCUGUACCUCAAGCUCAAUCCUAUCAUAAUUUUGCUGAUCGACGUUCGUUACGUCAAUUAAUUCCAUCAUUAUCAUUUAUAAAUAUUCCAAAUGCUCUUGAUGUUUUGUCAAACAUACCUUUUCUGAUUGUUGGUCUUUAUGGUCUUUAUUUAUUGUUAACUCCAAAGACUAUCGUAUUUUUAACAUCAUUUGAAAAAUUUAGAUGGAUUAUAUUUUUCAUAAGCAUUUCAUUUGUAUGUGUUGGUUCAGCUUACUAUCAUUUAAGACCAUAUAAUAGUACCCUUGUUUGGGAUCGUUUACCAAUGACUGUUAUUCCUUAG